AUGACGACUACACCAUGUCCAAGUGCCGAGCAUUAUGCUCGUGUGCCGGAAGCCGACGAUGCUCCUCCGAUAACCACCGAAGACCGGGGGUUCGUCAAAUCGGCCGGGAGCUGCUUCAAGGUCGUCGAAGCACGAAGAAGCUGGCAGGCGAGCCGGAAGCUGUGUAAAGCGGUCGGCGGGCGUUGUGCGGACCUCGGGGUGCCGCAGUGCUCCUUCCAGAACGCCGCGACCCUUGAACUCGCCAGGAGCAACAGAACGUUGAUGCGGAUCGGACAACUAAUUGAGGAUGAUCACUCCAAGCACAUCUGGAUGGGCUACUCCCAGGUUGGACUGGAAUUUCGAGCUGUACGCCCGAAUGUUCGGGAUUGGACUCUACCUUGGCGCUACCCUGAGCCGAAUCAUUUGGAGGAGAAAACUGAGCCAUGUGUCGAUAUGUAUCUCGUCGGUAAUCUCAACGGGACAUGGAACAACGUCGACUGCAACAAAUCCAUGCUUGCGGCGGUCUGCGAAAUUCCGAUGGUUUCGUCACGGAUCGGUUGCCAGCGCAUGUCGACGAAACUACGAACUCAUCCA